AUGAACAUGUUGAUGAUGCAGGUCUACUGUACCCCCCAAACAAAAGAGCUGGAAUCGAUGAUUCGCUACACCUUGAACAAGAAGACCAUCCCUGCUGUUCUUCCUGAGCACCUGCGCUUGCCUUCAUUUUCAAGCACAUACCCUACCAGCCUCAUUCCUGAUGAGAUGUUCUGCCAUAGAUGCGCUGGAAAUGUACCCUUAUCAGACCCUCUGCUCAUAACAUCAAAAGCCAACAUUUUUACAAAUACAAGAAUUAUCCAUGAUGUUUCUACUUACUCAAAAUGUUGCCACCAAUGUGGAAUCCACUACAGGUAUCAGGAGUGGAAAGAUGGCCUGCACAAUUUUAAUGACAGUGUCAUCCUUGACCUCCCCUUUUGCCUGCAUAUUCGAAACAUGCUACGGGUCCACACUGCUGUUGGAAGAGUGGUUGAGUGUCUGGAGCUCACGAUAAGGGAACAGUUUCCUCCAGCUAAAACAGUGCUCCACGCCUAUCUUCAUUUUGAGGCACUCACUAAACACGAGUAUGAAUACUCUUGUGUGACAUGUGGGGAUCAUCCAGCCGUUGUAAUAAUGGAUCUCCACAGAAAAGGAGAAUUCAAUAUGUCAUUAAGUGACAUCAAACCACCGCCAAAAGAAUUUUAACGGAUACGUGGAUAUGGAAGACUUCUGGGAGACACUGGCCCUGCAAAUGAUUGGUCGUGGCUUUGUAAAAAGACAGAGCGACAACCCCUUCACUGUUCACCCCAAUUACCAAUUCUGGGCACCGUGGAUUGGAAGACAUACACGCAAGUCCAAUCAGUGUCUCAACACAGAGUUUGAGAAAAUCCACCAACCCAAAGAAGCUGAGAUUUGUGAUAUAACUGUCUCUGAAGAUAGGCUUAAAAAUGAGCUUUAUAAGAAAAUGGUAAAGUACAUUUUAUUUCUCAUUUCUACAACUAGCGCCAGGUUUGUCUUUGUCAGGUAGGAUGUAAGAUUAUUUUUGUUGCCACUGUAUUUUGAUUGGAUUUUUAGGUAUCAGUGAUAAGGAAGCUGUGCAAGGAAUGUGGCAUUGAUUCCAUUGGCUCAAAAACAGACCUCCUAGAGAGACUUUCACCUGAAAUGAAAACUAGACAGACUUAUGACAAAGUGUUUGAAAAGAUUUGGGGUGCCUCAGGUGAGAAGGUCGUCUAGCUGACCCAACAGACAGCAACAUAAAGAUGGCAAAGGAGGGAAAGUUCAAGAUCUCCUUACUCAACUCAACUCAACUCAACUUUAUUUAUAUAGCGCUUUUACAAUUUUCAUUGUUACAAAGCAGCUGUACAUGAGACACAUUGACUACAAGCAAAACAAUCAAAGUUGUACCUGCAAAAACAAGAAAAGGUUGAAACACAG